UGUCGAUAUAUGUUAUAUAUAAAAAAUAAAUAUAUACUAUGAUCUAAUAUAAAAGUAUCUAUCCCUUUUCUUUUAACUAAGGUUGUUACUAUUUCUCUGAAAAAACUAGGUUGUUCUUCUUGAAUCUAUCGUUGUCUACGAAGGGAAGACUCAAAAGAAUAAUAUUCUGAUAAGGGUUCUCGAAGAGCUUAGCAUCCACGAAUUAAGGUGACAAUGAAUAGAAUUGAAAAGGUGAAGAGAGAAUGUUUUGAGCAUACUAAGAAGGAGUUACCUGAUUGUGUCAUGUCUUAUAUAUUUUCAAAGUUAAGUAUGAAGGAUUUGGUGAAAACAAGCAUAUUGUCUAAAACAUGGAUUCAUGAAUGGAGAUCAACCAAGGACCUCAACUUUGAUAUACAUAACAUGUUUGGUUGUAGUAAUCGUUAUUAUCCUGAUGGUAAUAGUUAUUAUUUUGAUUUAGAAAAGGAAGAUUCUCCACAUUUUAGAGUAGUAAUCAAACCUGAAUUUGUGGAAAGAGUGAAUAAAUUCAUGUUGAAUUAUGAAGGUGCCAAUAUUCAUUCCCUAAAAGUGAAUUUUCCAUUAGGUGAUGAUUAUGGUUAUGUAAUUGACCGAUUGAUUUCCCAAGGAAUUUCUAAAGGUGCUCAAAGGAUUGAACUUCUUUUAUCAUACAAAUCUUCAGAUAAUUAUUCAAUUGAGCCAUACACAUUUUCCUUAUCAGAGAAUGAUUGUUUGAAAUAUCUACACCUGCAAAACUGUCUUCUAUCACCACCUAUGGACUUUUCUAGACUAAGAAAAUUGACAACUCUUGUGUUGCAUCUAGUUGUUAUAGAAAAACAUAUGCUUUUGGGUUUAUUUUCUAACGGCGUCAAUCUUGCAGACCUCACACUUAACAACUGCAAAUUUGAUUCUGACUUAAACAUAACUUGUCCAACACUCUGUCAUUUGAACAUAGUCGAUCAUAAGCGCCAUCUGCGUUGGGCACCUCCACCUAGGAAUGAAGAAAUCCCACAUGCCUUUGAUAUCAUUGCAAGUUUACACCAGCUUCAGAAUUUAUCUAUCAACUUGACUCAUUCACAGAUAACCAUUCUUCCGAAGAGUUUGGGGCCAUUUCAAUAUCUUAGAAAAUUGGAGCUGUUUAUCAGUGAUGAAAUGCCUAACCAUGAUUUCUUCAGGAUUUUAGAUAUUGUUAUGGCAUCACCGCGUCUCCAAGAACUCUUUGUCACAAUUAAAGAUUUACAUUUGGUCUCCGAUCAUGAGCACAUGAAAGAACCUGAAAGAUUUUCUCAUAACGAGUUGAAAUAUGUUGAGUUUCGUGGUUGUGAAUGCAAGGCAUUUCAAAAUCUGUUAGAUAAACACCUUUGGGGAAAUAUGAAGUCUUCUCCUAAGAAAAUUGCUUUCAAGUCUUGUGGUAAAUUCUAUGUUGGUGCUGGAAUAUGGAUUAAGGGUUAUAGCAAGGACCAUUGGCUUGGAAGUGGAGUUAAUUACAUGUGUGAUAUACUUAGAGACAGCUUAAUUAACAAACUCUACUUAUCAUUUUGUAGUAUUAAUUAAUUUAUUCUUUGACAUAGACUGGUAUUAUUGUCUUGUAGUAAUAAUUUCAGAGUGUUUCUGCA